GCCUGUUGUCGCAUCAUUGCUCACUCUCUUCUCUUUCUUUCUCUCUCUACAUUUUCUCUCUCUAUUGUCACUUGUAUAUAAACUUCUCAUUACGCUGCCACUCCACGCCACAACCGCAAAGCGUAUUAUUUCCUAUCUACUGCAAGAAAAGCAAAAACCCUAACCAUACUGUUUCAUUUUUAUUGUUUUCGAGGGUAUAUCAAAUAUCAAAUUUCCUCUUUUACAUGGCAAUGGAAGAGCUUAUCAACAAGAAGCGAGUCAGGGAGGAGGCCGAGUUGGAUUUUCCCGAGGUGAAGAAAAUAAGAGAUGAUUUGUUGAGUAUUCUUGAUGAGUCGGACCCUGACCCGACCACUCAGGAUCUAGACUCUGUAAUGAAGAGUUUUGAAGAGGAGAUAUCUGCCUCCUCCUCCUCCCCAGUCGUUGUUGUGGACCUCACGUCGGAUUCCGGUGAGUCCCAACCGGAACUUGGGUACCUUCUAGAAGCAUCUGAUGAUGAGCUUGGGUUACCUCCUUCAUCGGUAACUUCUUCCGGGGAGGAGAAUAAAAAUGAAGUGACUGAGUUGGUCCGAGUGGACUCAGUUGACUCAUCUGAAAAUGGUGGGUUCUGGGGGUUUGAUGAUCAGAUCCCGAGUUAUGACUCGUUCGAGUUGGGAGUCAGUGAAAAUUAUAACGCAGAGUAUGCGGCGUUUGAUGACGGAUUGUUCGAGUAUUCCAACGUAUGUUUCGUUUCUUCCGAAUUUCCGGAUGAUUCUUGGCGGCUGGGAACCAUGCCAGCCGAGUGAAGGAAGAAACGAAAAGUUUCGGCAAACGGUAAUCAGACGAUGACGUUACCGUCUUUCCCGCUUACUUUUGUAAAUUUUAUUUUUUAAAGGAGGUAAAAAGAAAUAUAUAUGUAGGAGUAGGAUUGAAACAGAGAUGCCGCGACUGAGUGAGAAAUUGGUUCGUUUUUUGAUGCUUGGAUUAUACAGGACACUAUUCACGAA